CCACAGCUGCAGGACCUGGGGGUGGACCUUGAAGAGUUCAUAAGGACGAAGCAGCCGCCCUCGAGAGAGCAGAAGCAGCGGCGGCGGUGGCAGCGGCACGGUCACACAGUCACACAGUCACACGGUCACACCUGCCAGCAGACAAUGCUGCUAGCGACGUUCAAGCUGUGUGCUGGGAGCUCCUACAGACACAUGCGCAACAUGAAGGGGCUGAGGCAACAGGCAGUGCUGGCCAUUGGUCAGGAGCUGAACUGGAGGGCACUGGGGGGCCCCACCUCCAACACAUGGAUCAGCCAGGUGCGGCGUCGGAGCUCUCUGCUUGGUUCUCGGCUGGAGGAGACUCUCUACAGUGACCAGGAGCUGGCCUACAUCCAGCAGGGAGAGGAGGCCCUGCAGAAGGCCCUGGGCAUCCUCGGCAACCAGGAGGGCUGGAAGGAGGAGAACCGGCAGGCGAACGGGGACAAGGUGUUGAGCAAAGUGGUGCCGCAGGUGGGCAAGGUGUUCCGACUGGAGGUGGUGCUGGACCAGCCCAUGGAGAGGCUCUACGAGGAGCUCGUGGAGCGCAUGGAGGCCAUGGGGGAGUGGAACCCCAGUGUUAAAGAGAUCAAGGUCCUGCAGAAGAUUGGGAAGGACACGGUCAUCACGCACGAGCUGGCCGCAGAGGCAGCGGGGAACCUCGUGGGGCCCCGCGACUUCGUGAGCGUGCGCUGUGCCAGGCGCCGAGGCUCCACCUGCGUGCUGGCUGGCACGGCCACACACUUCGGGGAGAUGCCCGAGCAGAAAGGCGUCAUCAGAGCCGAGCAGGGUCCCACUUGCAUGGUGUUUCAUCCCCUGGCCGGAAGUCCCUCCAAGACCAAACUCACUUGGCUGCUCAGUAUCGACCUCAAGGGGUGGCUGCCAAAGACCAUCAUCAACCAGGUCCUAUCUCAGACCCAGGUGGACUUUGCCAACAACCUGCGCAAGCACCUGGAAUCCAGCUCUGCCUCUAAAGCCAGGUGUUGAAGACCAGCUCGCUGCUCCCAGAUGUGCCACACCUCAUGGCUUGCGCGCACCGGAGACCCCUGCUGCCAGCCAGCAGGCCCGUCUAGGAUCUCAGCUGACGGCAGUGGGACAAUAGUGUGUAGAGAUGACACAGGGAUUCAGACUGGUCCAAGUUUAGUAGCAAGAAAAAUCAGGGAUGGGCCUCUAAGGUGGAGGAAGCCUUAUGAUUUCAUUCAACCACAGCUGUGAAUGAGGGCCAAGGUUCCUAAAAUAUUUGUAAAACUUUUUCCCCCUGGGUAUCUUAAGAUACUAUCAGGAUACUUAAGAUACCUGAUAGUAUCUUAAAAAUGCUAGAGGCUGAUAUGGGUGUGGUGAUGCUAGGGACAGGGGCUGAGCACUCCUGCUUCAUGGGCUCAUGAGUUCCCAUCCCCUGGCAGGGAGCAGCGACACUCUACUCUCCCACCACACACGUAUAGCCAACCCCCAAGAACGAGCAAUUACCCAGUUCUGUGUAUUUUCAGGUGUUUCCCACAGAAAAACACAAAACUAUUGACCAAGCUGGUUUCUCCUUCUCCACAAGCACUUAGAAUAAAGAAUUAACUAACACAAAACUUCAGUCUGCACCUGUUCUAAAACUUUUUGUAAGAGAAAACUCUGGGCCGGCGCCACGGCUCACUAGGCUAAUCCUCCUCCUAGUGGCGCCGGCACACCGGGUUCUAGUCCCGGUCGGGGUGCUGGAUUCUGUCCCGGUUGCCCCUCUUCCAGGCCAGCCCUCUGCUGUGGCCAGGGAGUGCAGUGGAGGAUGGCCCAGGUGCUUGGACCCUGCACCCCAUGGGGGACCAGGAGAAGCACCUGGCUCCUGGCUCCUGCCAUUGGAUCAGCGCGGUGCGCCGGCCGCAGCGCGCCGGCCGCGGCGGCCAUUGGAGGGUGAACCAACGGCAAAAGGAAGACCUUUCUCUCUGUCUCUCUCUCUCACUGUCCACUCUGCCUGUCA